AUGGCUGCGAGCGAAGCCUUCACCGUUCGCUGCGAGACGGAGAAGACCGAUGCCGGUCAGAUGGCAAGCUUUGUGUUGGUCCUUGGGCUGGGGUUUCUGCCCUGCCCAAGCGCAGUCCGCCUUGCUCGCGAGGCGGGCUCCGCUUUGAAGUCAGAGCUCGAUCACGAGGAGCUCUGGCGAGCCUGCUUUCUACAACGCUAUCCCGAUCGACCCGUCGUGGAGUUGGACUUUCGCUCCUCUGCGCCGUCUCUUUGUCGACUGGCACGGCGGCUGCCGCCUGCUGCAGGGCUCCGCCUAGACAUUGGCGAUCCAGAGACGGACACCGGUGCGCACGACUGGCAAGCUGGACUUCUUGUCAUAGGAGGCCCUCGCAGUGGGAAAACCUGGCUGGUGCAUCGAUUCUGCACCGGGAGUGUGCCCGAUCGGUUGGACAAGGUUCCCAGCCUGGGCACUGACAUGCGUGUAGUUCGUGUGGGCAUGCGGUCUACGCCACUCCGCUCACGGGGUCGAUUGCGUAUCUGGGAGCCCUCGGGCUUCAGCCGCCAGCAGGCUUUGGGAGGCUAUCUGAAGGCCGCCCAGGUGGUGGUCGUCGCCGUGGAUGCCAGCGAAGCUCAAGCGCCGAGUGAAGCAGAGCGGCUGCUUUCAGAGGCUUCCGAGGUCGUGCGGCCUGGAACCAUCCUGGGCCUCUGUGGCCUCCAAGUGGAUCGCCUUUCGGCACAGGAUUACCGAACGGCAGAUCGCUUGCUCGGACAAGUGGCCAAGACGGCCCAAGCUGAGUUUGGGAUGUGCAGCGCCAUGACGGGCACUGGUGUCGACGACUUCUUCUGUGCGGUCUUGGCUUCCUGCCAGGAGAGCAGCAUCGACCUGCCCGCAGCAGAGCCCGUGCUGAAUCGAGCUGCUGGCACGCUGACGAGCACUGAGCUCUUGCGGACCUUGCUUCGGCGCGAGCGAGAGUGA